CAGUGCUCUGUGAGCUGUGAAAGCGUCUAGUACCCAAAAAUAGUUGUGCGUCUUGAAAAAAUGUGCCAAGUACUGGCAUUAUUUAUCAUCUUUGCCAUAUAUAUUCAGGAUGUGCGAGGUGGUUGCUCUCGCAUUCCUCAAGGAGCCAGUGGUCAACGUUCGGCAGUCGACGAUAACUUUAAGAUACUGAUCGAUGGCAAUCCAGAGGCCUAUAUACCCGAUCAUCAAUACAACGUGUCGCUCUCGUGUCCCAUAAAUAUGAAGUUCAUCAGCUUCACGCUGGUCAUUGAGGCAGAGGAUCAAUCCGUUGGCUACAAUUCCCACGAUAUGACUGGACACUUUGAGUUGUUCAACGGUGCAGAGACAAAGUUUAGUUCUGGCUGCGAGAAUAUGAUCGAGAGCACAAACACAAAUGCCAAGACACGCAUCGAUGUUUCAUGGGUGGCGCCCAAGAAUCCCAACAGCGGCUGUGUGUUUAUUAAGGCUGGUAUUGUGCAGCAUCGUGAUGUGUGGUUCAUAGAUGAUGGUUUCCUCACAAAACGUAUCUGUCCAGAAGAGAUUGAUGAGUUGAAUAAUCUUACGCCUGCCCUGCAAAAUUGCUGUGCCUGCGAUGAGGCUAAGUACGAGAUUGUUCUGGAGAGUAAGUGGGGGAGGAAUACACAUGCCAAAGACUUUCCUUCAGAGAAGGGACGCACCCGCAUUGGCGACGUAAUUGGUGCCUCGCACAGCAGCAGCUAUCGAUACUGGGCUUAUGGGGGAAGGGCUUCCAUUGGAGUGCAGGAAAUGGCAGAGCAUGGCUCCACACGAUCCUUAGAGCAGGAGAUCAGAGAUAACACUCAGAAUGGCGAGGUGCGCACUAUUAUCAAGGCUCCUGGAAUUGUAAACCGUGAGAAUGUGUAUGGCACAACUUUGGCGAAUGCCCGAGUGGAUCCCCAGCAUCAUCAGAUAUCCUUGGCCGCCAAAGUAGAUCCCUCGCCAGACUGGAUUCUUGGAGUAGCUGGCUUGGAGCUCUGUUUAAGCAACUGUACCUGGCUGGAGCGUAAAGUAUUAAAUUUAUAUCCCUGGGACAUUGGUACAGAUUCAGGACCUUCAUACAUGUCACCCGAUCAGCCCCAGGUGCCACCCGAUGUAAUCCGUCGCAUUACAUCCUCGUAUCCCAGCGACCAUCGCUCACCGUUCUUCGAUGAAUCCGGAACACCUAUGAAACCUCUGGCCACGCUGUACGUCACUAGAAAGAAGCUGUACAUACGGGAAUGUGAGGAUGUACCUCAAGAAGGACCAUUGGAGUGCGCCACACAUCCUUGGAACGACUGGAGUAACUGCAGUACACGUUGUGGCCCUGGUUAUUCGCAACGCUUUCGCAGCUUCAAAAACCCAUCGCUAGCAGCCAGUUACAAUUGCGACAGGCAUUUAGAUGAGAGUCGUCAAUGUCAAGGCACUCAAUGCGGCGCGGAAGAGGAGAUGGAUAACGGCGACCCAAAUAAUUAUAAUCCCGACGGACGGGAAUCGGGGGCCGAGUGUGAAUUAACUAAGUGGAGCGAUUGGUCACCGUGUUCAAAGGUCUGUGGUCGUGGGUUUUCAACUCGCACACGUGACUACUUCAAUCCCCAGGCAAGGGCGCAGUGUCAGGCAGCCUUGAGAAUGCCCUUAGAAGAGUCCAUGCUAUGCACGGGCACCGAUUGUGGCGGCAUAAUACCUGACAACGGAGAACUAGAUGGUAUGCAAGAACCCGAAGACAAUGCAAAUUCUCCAGCUUGGAGCUCAUCCAACAAUAACAACAGAUUCGCGACUAACAGAAAUGACGAGGGUCAAAGCUGGAACUCCAACAACUUUGACACAAACAACGAUAACUUUCAAUCUGAGAACCAGCGCCGCCAAAGCUGGAACAGCAACAAUUUCGAUCGUAACAUAGAUAAUUUUCAAAGUGAAAGUCAACGUGGCCAAACUUGGAACAGCAAUAAUUUCGAUCGUAACACUGAUAAUUUCCAAAGUGAAAAUCAACUAGGCCAAACUUGGAACAGCAACAAUUUUGAGCGUAACAGAGAUAAUUUUCAAAGUGAAAAUCAACGUGACCAAAGUUGGAACAGCAACCGCUUCGAUAGUAACAAAGUCAAUCUUCAAAGUGCAAAUCAGGGAGGUUAUAAUUCUAAUCCUCGUCGGCCGCUCGAGUCUGAUCGCUUCAACAGUUAUGCGAAAGAGCCGGUAACGGAAAACCUACCAAGGAAUUAUCAGGGACAACGUAACGAUUUCAGAGGUAACUUUAACAGAGGCAAUACAUACCAAAGAGAGAAUGAUCAAGAUAUGACCACCAAGCCAUAUGAUUCCACGAACAAUGCACGUUAUCAGAAUCGACAGUCGGAUGUCAGCAGGGAUUUUAAAAUAGUGCAGGACUAUUGCUACGAGAAACCCUUUGCCUCGACCAUACCCUGCCUGACCACUCCUGUUAUUGUGGGUAACUUUUGGUUUUAUGAUCACGAUACUCACGAGUGCAAGAUCUUUACCACGGACAACUGCGAUGAGAAUCUUAAUCGGUUUCGUACCUUGUUGGCUUGCGAAGGCACCUGUCUGAAGCCCCAAAUGAACUGGGCCCGCACCGUGGAGGAUGACGUUACUGGCGAACUACAGUCCAGCGGAAGAGAUUAUAUUGGUGGAUUCGGACAGUCGAUGUCUCAGACAAACAUUAAAUAUGGCAAUACAAGACGUGGACACUAUGGCAGCUGCAACACAAAUUACCAUCCAAUAAGUUUCGAAUGUGAUAUUUCAAUAAUGUGGCGCUUUUUAAUACUAUUCGCGGUGGUGUCGAAUGGCAGAGCUUUGAACUUCGAUAAAAACAAGGAUAACUUUCAAUCUGAGAACCAGCGCCGUCAAAGCUGGAACAGCAACAAUUUCGAUCGUAGCAUAGAUAAUUUCCAAAAUGAAAAUCAACGUUGCCUAACUUGGAACAGCAACAAUUUCGAUCGUAACACUGAUAAUUUCCAAAGUGAAAAUCAACUAGGCCAAACUUGGAACAGCAACAAUUUUGAGCGUAACAGAGAUAAUUUUCAAAGUGAAAAUCAACGUGACCAAAGUUGGAACAGCAACCGCUUCAAUAGUAACAAAGUCAAUCUUCAAAGUGCAAAUCAGGGAGGUUAUAAUUCUAAUCCUCGUCGGCCGCUCGAGUCUGAUCGCUUCAACAGUUAUGAGAAAGAGCCGGUAACGGAAAACCUACCAAGGAAUUAUCCGGGACAACGUAACGAUUUCCGAGGUAACUUUAACAGAGGCAAUACAUACCAAAGAGAGAAUGAUCAAGAUAUGACCACCAAGCCAUAUGAUUCCACGAACAAUGCACGUUAUCAGAAUCGACAGUCGGAUGUCAGCAAGGAUUUUAAACUAAUGCAGGACUAUUGCUACGAGAAACCCAUUGCCUCGACCAUACCCUGCCUGGCCAGUCCAGUUAUUGUGCGAAACUUCUGGUUUUAUGAUCACGAUACUCACGAGUGCAAGCUCUUUACCACGGACAACUGCGAUGAGAAUCUUAAUCGGUUUCGUUCCUUGUUGGCUUGCGAAGGCACCUGUCUGAAGCCCCAAAUAAACUGGGCCCGCACAGUGGAGGAUGACUGGAGGACUGGCGAACUACAGUCCAGCGGAAGAGAUUAUAUUGGUGGAUUCGGACAGUCGAUGUCUCAGACAAACAAGAAAUAUGGCAAUACAAGACGUGGACACUAUGGCAGCUGAGCAAA